GUUCCCAGGAGUCCAGGCUCCCGCUGCGCGCCGCUUCACGUCCCUCGCCUGCUCCGGUCCCGCUGGAUUAGAGCCUAUUUGAGGAGUUCCGAGAAAGCAACGCCUGAAAGUUCUGCCAGUCAAGGAAAGGGAUGGAGGACACCGAGGCCGAUUGCUCCAUGGCUUUCGCAGAGGCUCAGAGAUGGGUGGAGGCUGUGACUGAGAAGAAUUUUGAAACAAAGGAUUUUCGAGCCUCUCUGGAAAAUGGUGUUCUGUUGUGUGAUUUGAUUAAUAAGCUCAACCCUGGCAUCAUAAGGAAGAUCAAUAGACUGUCUACACCAAUAGCAGGCUUGGAUAAUGUAAACGUUUUUUUGAAAGCUUGUGAACAGAUUGGAUUGAAAGAAGCCCAGCUUUUUCAUCCCGGGGAUCUACAGGAUUUAUCAAAUCGAGUCACUGUCAAGCAAGAAGAGACCGACAGGAGACUGAAAAACGUUUUGAUAACUUUAUACUGGCUGGGAAGAAGAGCACAAACUAACCCCUACUAUAAUGGUCCCUACCUCAAUCUGAAAGCCUUUGAGACUCUGUUGGGACAAGCUUUGACUAAGGCACUUGAAGAUUCUAGCUGCCUGAAAAGAAGUGGCUGGGACAGUGGCUACGGUGAUAUCUGGUGUGCUGACCGAGGAGAGUUUCUUGCCCCUCCAGGUAGCCAUAGGAGGGAAGAUUCCUUUGAAAGCUUGGACUCUUUGGGGUCUAGAUCCCUGACCAGCUGCUCCUCAGAUCUCACGCUUAGAGGUGGGAAGGAAGGUUUUGAAAGCGACACAGAUUGGGAAUUUACAUUCAAAAUGCAGGAGUAUAACAAGGAUGAUAUGUCCUAUCGAAGGAUUUCAGCUAUUGAACCAAAGUCUGCUCUACCAUUCAAUCGCUUCUUGCCUAACAAAAGCAAACAGCCGUCCUAUGUGCCAGCACCUCUGAGGAAGAAAAGGCCUGAAAAAAACGAGGAUAACAGAAGAAGCUGGGCGAGCCCAGUCUACACAGAAACAGAUGGAACAUUCUCAAGUAACCAGAGAAGGAUUUGGGGUCCCAAGAUGGAGCGCUGGCACACAGUCCAAGAAACUUCCACCUCCUCUUGUUAUUUGGAAGAGGAGGAAGAAAAGAUAACGCGCAUACCCCACCUGGUGAAGGAUGAUCUCUAUGUGCGAAAGUUGAGUCCAGUCAUGCCAAGCCCAGGGGGUUCUUUUGACCAGUUUCUUCCCAAAUGCUGGACUGUAGAAGAUAUGAACUGGAAAAAAACAAAGAGAGAGACUUAUAAGCCAUGGUAUAAGGAAUUUCAGGGAUUCAGAAGGAAUUCUGACUCUGAGGAUGAGGACUUGGGCUCUCUCAGAAGCGCCACCAUUUUUAGUAGACUAGGAAAGGCAGAUCAUAGGUUAGCCAGCAGCUACCAAAGACCUUCACUCUUGCUGGACCUAGCCGCCAAGCAUGCCAUGAGGUCACGGGACACCCACGCAGCCAGGAGGACCAGCGGUGCUUUGGAGGAAUCCAGUCAGUUUUUAUUGCUUCAGGCCCUCCAGACAUACUCUGAUGAUAUCUUGUCUUCGGAAACAAAUGUCAAAAUCGAUCCCACCUCUGGCCCAAGGCUCAUAACUCGCAGAAAAAAUCUCUCUCACACACCAGGGUAUAGAGCAGAUGACCUUGAGCUGCCAGCCCUGGAUCCUGACUUAGAAAAUGACGAUUUCUUUGUCAGAAAAACUGGGGCUUUCCACGCAAAUCCGUGUGUUCUUCGAGCCUUCGAAGACUUUCCAAGGUUCUCCGAGCCAGACGACGCUGUUGAACGAGAUAUAAUUUUGCAGUGUCGGGAAGGUGAACUUGUGCUUCCAGAUUUAGAAAAGGAUGACAUGAUUGUUCGUCGGAUCCCAGCACAGAAGAAAGAAGUGCCCUUGUCUGGGGCCCCCGAUAGAUACCAGCCGGUCCCUUUCCCUGAACCCUGGACCCUACCCCCAGAAAUCCAAGCGAAAUUUCUCUGUGCGCUGGAAAGGACACGCCCACCCCAAGAGAAAAGCAGUAGCUGUAGAGUCUUAGUUCCCGCCUAUCGACAGAAGAGAGAUGACAUGUUGACUCGCAAGAUCCAGUCUUGGCAGCUGGGGACUGCGGUGCCUCCGGUCGGCUUCAAGCCUGGCCCCUGCAGCGAGGCUGACCUGCAGAAAUGGGAGGCCAUCCGGGAGGCCAGCAGACUUAGGCACAGGAAGCGGCUGAUGGUUGAGAGACUCUUUCAAAAGAUUUAUGGUGAGAAUGGGAGCAAGUCCAUGAGUGAUGUCAGCGCAGAGGACAUUCAGAACCUGCGACAGGUGCGGUACGAGGAGAUGCAGAAAAUGAAAUCCCAACUGAAAGAACAAGAUCAGAAAUGGCAGGAUGACCUUGCAAAAUGGAAAAGUAGGCGGAAGAGUUACACUUCAGAUCUGCAGAAGAAGAAGGAGGAGAGGGAAGAGAUUGAAAAGCAGGCCCUGGAGAAGUCUGACCGGAGCUCCAAGACAUUUAGGGAAAUGCUGCAGGACAGGGAAUCUCGAAGUCAGAAUUCUACAAGGAGGAUGUAUUCCUCCGAUGACGCCCUGGACGAUGACGUGCUGCUCCCUUCUACAGUGACUUUGUCAGAAACCAGCUACAGGAGCGAGACACUGGAAGACAAGGCAACAGUUUAUCCCACCGAGACGCCCAAGGAAGAUUGCACAACUUUUGCAAACAGUCCAGACAGUGUAGCAGCUGAGGGUCAGCUUCCUCCUCAUAUUCCUGAAGAGCAGCCGCCAGUCCCUUUGGCUACUGCGGAACCACACCAGGCCCCCUUGGCUACUGAGGAACCACACCAGACCCCCUUGGCUACUGGAGAACCACACCAGGCCCCCUUGGCUGCUGCGGAACCACACCAGGCCCCCUUGGCUACUGGGGGACCGCAGCACCAGGCCCCCUGGUCUGCUACAGAACCGCAGCAGGUGUCUUUAUCUUCGGUAGCACAGCGCCCAGUCUCGCUGUCUUUCCAGCAGUCGCUGAGCACAAGAGGAGAGUCGACUCGGAUUUCAGCUUCUCUCCCUAGAAGUUACCAGAGAUCCGAUACAGCCAGGUUAACAUCUGUGGUCACAGCAAGACCUUUUGGCACGCAGUCAAGGGGAAUCUCCUCACUGCCCAGAUCCUACACGAUGGAUGACAGCUGGAAAUACAAUGGAGAUAUUGAAGUUGUCAAGAGAUCUACACAGACUCUGGUCAAAGCCGCUGCCCCAAAGCUUGACUCCACGCAGUUUGUCCUGGGCUCAUCCAGUCAAAGGGAGGCCACCACAAGAGAAGAUGUGGCAAGCAUGUCCUCCCCAACACCCCUUUCUUCCCUCUCCCAGGACCAGGCAGCCACUUCAAAAGCCACACUCUCUUCGAUGUCUGGCCUGGAUUCAGUGUCUGACUCUGGAGAAGGGAGAAGCUUACCACCGAGGGAGGUUUCAAGGUCCCAGGAUCAGUUCAGCGAUAUGAGAAUCAGCAUAAACCAGACGCCUGGGAACAAACCUGACUUUGGGUUUACAAUAAAAUGGGACUUUUCCAGGAUCUUCGUAGCAUCGGUUGAAAAAGGUAGCCCAGCAGAAUUUUCUCAGCUGCAGGUAGAUGAUGAGAUUCUUGCCAUCAAUAACACCAAGUUUUCAUAUAAGGAUACAAAAAAGUGGGAGGAAACCAUGGCAAACGCCCAGGAAACUGGAAACUUAGUGAUGGAUGUCAGGCGCUAUGGAAAGUCUGACUGGGGCAGAGACCAACCUCCCCUGCCAUCUAUACGGCAUAAAACCCUCAAUCUUACCAGUGUGGCUACCAAAAUUAUAGGUUCACCCGAAACAAAGUGGACUGAUACAACUUCAGGCAUUUACAACAUGGACAAGUCUUCAAGUCUGUCGGUAACCACUGAUUUCUCUGAAAGCCUCCAGAGUCCUUAUACCGAAUCUAAAGAAAUCAAUGGAAUUCACGAGGAAAACAACACCUUUGAUUCAAAAGCAUCAGAAUCCAUUUCUUUGAGAAAUUUAAAAAGGCGAUCACAAUUUUUUGAACAAGGGAGCUCCGAUUCUGUGGUUCCUGAUCUUCCGGUUCCAACCCUCAAUGCCCCCAGUCGCUGGGCAUGGGAUCAAGAGGAGGAGAGGAAACGACAGGAGAAGUGGCAGAAGGAGCAGGACCGCCUACUUCAGGAGAAAUACCAACGAGAGCAAGAAAAGCUGAGGGAGGAGUGGCAGAAAGCUCAACAGGAGGCCGAGAGAGAGAAUUCCAAGUACUUGGAUGAGGAGCUGAUGGUCCUAAACUCCAACAGCAUUUCUCUGACCACACGGGAGGCUGUGGCUGCCACCUGGGAACCCACCUGGAGCGAAGGGUCUAAGUCUUCCGACAGGGAAGGAACUCGAGCAGGAGAGGAGGAGAGAGGGCAUCUGGAAGAAGAUGCUGCUAGCGAGGCCCUAAGUCGGAAGCUGGAGGAACAGCUGGUGUUUGAGCAGGAGAAGAAACGGAAGGAACAAGAAGCUCAGGAAGAAGAACUUCGGAAGCAGCGGGAGGCUGAGGCCCAGGCCGAGGCUGAGGCCAAGGCUCGUGCAGAGGCCCAGGCCGAGGCUGAGGCCAAGGCUCGUGCAGAGGCCCAGGCCUGGGCCGAGGCUCAGGAGCGAAAACAAGCUGAGACACAGAAGCACCAGGCCCAGAGGGAGCGCGAGACUUCGGUCAAGAUCUACCAGUACCGGAGGCCUAUUGAUUCCUACGACAUACUCAAGAAAGAGGAUGAAUCUUCAGGGCUGCUUCCUAGUGACAGGAGUAAGUCAAGAUCUACCACGGAACUAAAUGAUGUAGCCACACAGAAAAAUGGAAGCAGCAAAUAUUCAGACCGAGUUAGGACUACUAGCUUUUCACAAAGGAGCUCCAAGAAGGAUCAGGGCCCCUCGGAAGCAGAGUUGGAGAGACAGCAAAUCCUCCAGGAAAUGAGGAAGAGAACGUCUCUCCAUAAUGACAACAGCUGGAUCCGACAGCGCAGUGCCAGUGUGAACAAAGAGCCCAUCUGCCUGCCUGGGAUCAUGAGGAGAGGGGAGUCUUUGGACAACCUGGACUCCCAGCGGCCCAGUUCCUGGAGGCAGUCCCCAUGGCACAACCAGCCCGCAGGAGUCUAUGCCUCGUCCUCGGUCCAAGACUUUAGUCGCCCACCUCCUCAGCUGUUGUCUACAUCAAACCGUGCCUACAUGAGGAACCCAUCCUCCGCUGUACCGCCUCCAGCUGGCCCAGUGAAGAGCAUCAUACCAGGCCCCGCCCCGGGGUCUCCCACACCACACAGCUAUUCCCCUUCGAUGUCACAGUCAGGCUCUCAGCUCCGUAACAGGUCAGUGAGUGGGAAGCGUGUGUGCUCCUACUGUAAUAACAUUCUGGGCAAAGGAGCUGCUAUGAUCAUCGAGACCCUGGGUCUUUGUUAUCAUUUACAUUGUUUUAAGUGUGUCUCCUGUGAAUGCGAACUUGGAGGCUCUACCUCAGGAGCAGAAGUCAGAAUCCGAAACAACCAACUGUACUGCAAUGACUGCUAUCUCCGAUUCAAAUCUGGACGGCCAACCGCCAUGUGAUGUAAGCCUCCAUUCGAAAGCCCUGUUGCAGAUAGAAGAGGAGGCGGUUGCUGCCCAUGCAGAACUAUAAAUAUGUCUUGUAUGUCCCCCGCCCCUCUUUUAGAAAAAGAAUAACCUUUGCCUCAUUAGAUGACAUAGGAACACUGUAGUGUUGGUAGGACCUGUAUUUUUAUUGUCUAUUUAUAAGAAGGUAAUUAUGUGUGUUGUGGGGGAUGUGCAGUAUUUGCUUUUUGAAUUUGGCAUCCUAAAAGCACAAGUGGGAAAAAAAACCAAGAACUUAAAAAAUACUUUUGAGGCUGUUGAUGAUCUAGUUUGACUUCUUUAGUGGUGCAUUGAAGAGGGUAUUUUGUUUUAUUUUUUUAAGUUCUUGCACAUUAUUUGAAAUAGUUAAUAUAAAUAUGUAAUUGUGUUUAUUGUUUAUUGUAAUGUAUUCUAAGUUAAUGUGGAACCAUAUGAAAAAAUUCAUUUAAAUCCACCCAUAAAUUUGUUUUUCGUGGCUUUCUUUACGCAGAAAUAAUCCAAUUGAGAAAUAAUUUUGCUUAUGUAUUAUCUUAUUUGCUUGAGGAGGGCAUUCUAUUUUCUUUACAAGGACUGUUGUUGCUAAGCAAAUAUCAGUAGAAAGCUGUUAUUUUCAAUAAUGAAAAAUAACCAUGGUUUGCAUACCAGGAAUUUUCUCCAGAAACUAGUAAGCUUUUCUGUUCUGAUGUCUUUGUAAAUAAAAUUGAUGAUACAUUUAA